AUGACUGAAGAGGGCGGGGACGCUGAACAACCCAUGGCCAGCAUGUUCAUCGAACUCUGUCAGCUGACUGAUGGGGUACCUUGGACUUUGCGAGGACAGCAAGAACCUACAAGUGGACCGAAGCGCUACUGGCAUGAACGCUACCGCUGGGUCGAAAUGGAGGAGGCCUUCGACACUGACGUCGGCGAAUUUUCACCGCCAGAGGUGCCAAACUUCACCUAUGAGGAAAUCAAUGUCUUCAAAAGCCGAGUAAAGAAAGGUGAGGCUGACGGUGCUUCUACUACCAUGUGUAGUGCGCUUGUCCGUCUGCGAGCCGGGGUCAAAGUAGUUGGCUAUUCAGCAGGAUUGAAAUUGGCUGCAUGUUAG